CCCCUCCCUAAAUAGAAGGAGGUGUCGUGGAGCUCUGGCAACAGACCCACAAUUGAGAAUGGGUCUUUGGGUUCCGUCGCGACCCGUGAGGAUAAAUCAGACGAGCCAGGUGAUUCUCAGUUCGGUACCCAUCACCAGUAACCAUGCGGAUCUCCAGACACCAGGACUCCGGAUUCAGAUGCGAGGAACUGGAUUUGCACGCGCGCCCCGAGAGCUCAAAGCAGAGACCGGGUCUGGUUGAACGUCUGAUGCUGUCAUGAGCCCCUUUGCUGAUGGAAACCCGUGCGUAAAAACCGAAGCAAGAAACUCGCGUAAUGACCACAAAGUAGUCUGGUACACCGUUUUCGGAUUGUUUCUGAAUUUCUCUGAUAAUACUCACAUGCAAAGUGUCUUUGCGGAUAGUACCGUGUGAACAGUUUUUAGGGAGCUCAUUCGUGGAGAGAUCUCAGCGCGCACCGGAGUUUGCGCACAGUCGCGUCUCGCCAUAAACUCAAGCGAACUGUCAAGCGCGAGGAUUAAUCUAAUAUUUGACACCAACGGCUGAAAGAUGGAUAACGUGCCAUAUUUUGUGGCGGUAUAUGUGCUCAUUUUCUCCCUCGGAUUUAGGAUAGAAGAAGGGAUGUGCCAACAUUACUACCUCCUCCGCCCCAUUCCCAGCGACACUCUCCCCAUAGUGGAACUUCAGGAGGACCCGGACCCCGCAUUGGACCCUAAAGAGAGGGAUCUGAACGAAACCGAACUCAGAGCCAUACUGGGCAGUCACUUCGACCAGAACUUUAUGUCUAUAACUUCACCUGAGGACAAAUACGCAGGGCACGACGACCUGAACGAAUCCGAGACCACGAAGCUGCGUCCCACCGGCGUCAUGCCCAAAGACAUCAAGAACAUGGAGUUUGAUAUCCAACAUGGUAAAAAACAAAAGCCCAGUAAGAAACUCAGAAGAAGGCUUCAGCUCUGGCUGUGGUCCUAUACUUUCUGCCCCGUGGUGCAUGCAUGGCAGGACUUGGGGAACAGAUUCUGGCCCCGUUACGUGAAGGUGGGCAGCUGCUACAAUAAAAGGUCUUGUUCAGUUCCAGAAGGGAUGGUUUGCAAACCUGCCAAAUCUACGCAUUUUACGGUUUUGAGAUGGAGGUGCCUGCAAAGAAAGGGUGGACUGAAAUGCGCCUGGAUACCAGUUCAGUACCCCAUUAUUUCAGAGUGCAAAUGCUCCUGCGCGAACUGAAAUAAGCUACAUGCUCAUUUUCACAUGCACUGUCUAGUGUGGGAAUGUAUAUUUUAUGUACAUGUGGUGCCAUUUUAGGUUACAAUGGUGUCCAUGUUACUGUUGUUUAAAUUGCAUAAGUUAAGUAGGGAUGGACUUAUGUAAUUAUAUUGUGGAGCUGCUUGUCAUUAUAUAUGGUUCUUGUUUUUACUAUAGUAAUAUGUGUGACAUGGACACAAACAAUAAUGUAAAUCGUAAAAAAGAAUGGUCAGUAUUUGUCUACAAUAAUAACCAGUGUCUACUGUAUUUGCUAAACAUCAUUUUGUUUUAAUGUAACUUUAAACAUAUAUUUAUGUGGAUGAACAUUUCGCAUUGCGGAAAAUCAAAGUGCAUCUAUUGAAGGAAUUCCAUGCUUUUUCCAUUAUUCGGAAAAGAAAACUUUAUCUUUAUACACCUCAGACGGGGGAAUAUAAAUUACAGUCUCGGUGUGCUGUAAAUAUAAGGGGAAUGGAAAAUAACUGCUCAUGUAAAUUAAAAGAAACUUCUAUUUAUUCUUUAUGUUCAUGUAGUCAAAAUGCAUUUAAAAUAAA